CUGGGAACUCACUUGGUAUUUCUCCCUCGGUGUAAUAACUUAUACUCACCAGGAUGCGGCCGCUGUGUCUCUCACUCCUGCUGGUGGUGAUUGCUUCUGCCGGCGCCGACAAGCUCUUCCCCGGCCCUCCUGCAGGGUCAGCUGCCAGGGACUUCGCUGGGGCUUUAGAUGGCUAUCUGCCCCCUAGGGAACCUACCACCUGUGACCCUAUCUAUGAAACAUCCACUUACACCUCCGUCGUGGUGUCGUCCAGCGUCGUGACGAGGACGUCCACGGUGAUCAGAACGAGCAGCACCACGAAAUAUACCACCCAGGUCGUCCCUACCACAGUCACCAGGACGGAGACAGUGUCCAGACCACAGAUAAACACUGAAACUGUCAGGAAGACGAUAACAAGCGAGGUGGUAAGAUCAGUCACUAACACCGUCUCAGGUCCAGAAACCACCCAGACCGUGUUGACAACAGUCACCAGCUCACAAGAAAUCCAGAAAACCACCACCUCGACUGUGAGAUCUUCCACCACCAGCGACAUUGUGGUCAUCAGAACAAACGUGGAGACAUCUGUGGUGCCGACGACUUCGGUCACGACGAUCGAGCGAGUGGUGACGAACACUGUGUCGUACCAGCCGCCACCCGUGGUCAGCAUCAGCACUAAGACCUCUGUGGUCCAGUCCACAGUCGACAAACCAGGACCGACAGUCACCGUAUCGAAGACAAGCGUAGAACGCACGACUGUGGCCACCACCAGCACCUAUCAACCUCCAGCUGUGAGUGUGACGCAGACCAGCACCAUCAGUAAGGUCACCUACACCACCAGCACCACCACCAAGGUCACAGACAGUACACAGUUCAAGAAGACGGUCAUCACCCGCACAGUCACUGAUACACGGUAUGAGACUAAGACUCAACGGGUUACAGUCACCCAGACGACAACCCAGGUGGUGAGUCGUACCAUCACUCAAACUGAGGUCACCACGCAGUUGCAACCCACGACUAUCGUCAACACGCAGACGGUACUCAAGACGGAGGGAGGGGUUGGCACCACUUAUACCUCGACUAUCCGUAGUAGCGUCGUGACCACCGUCAGUCUCCCAGGGCAAGUGGUGACACAGCAAGUGACGAGCACUCAGGUGAAGGACAGCUUGGUGUACAUUACCGUGGGUGGUGACAGGACCAUCACAGUCACCAAGACAGAGCAGCAACCAUGCACUAAGACAGCCUACAACUACCAGGCUCCAGCAAUUCCCUUCGAGUUUCCUAAUUAGCUUCGAGGGACCACUGUCAACAAGUGUAACAUUACUGACAAUACUCGUACUUACAGACACAACAUAGACUUCCACACACAACAUAGCCUUCCAUACACAACAUAGCCUUCCAUACACAACAUAGACUUCCAUACACAACAUAGCCUUCCAUACACAACAUAGCCUUCCAUACACAACAUAGCCUUCCAUACACAACAUAGCCUUCCAUACACAACAUAGCCUUCUAUACACAACAUAGACUUCCACACACAACAAAGACUUCUACACACAACAUAGCCUUCUAUACACAACAUAGACUUCCACACACAACAUAGUCUUCCACACACAACAUAGCCAUCCAUACACAACAUAGACUUCUAUACACAACAUAGCCUUCUAUACACAACAUAGCCUUCCAUACACAACAUAGCCAUCCAUACACAACAUAGACUUCCAUACACAACAUAGUCUUCCACACACAACAUAGUCUUCCACGAACACAGCGUUUCACACAAAACAUAGCCUUCCACAUACAAUAUAGCGUUCCAUACACAACAUAGACUUCCACACACAACAUAGCCACCCAUACAUAUCAUAGACUUCUAUACACAACAUAGCCUUCCAUACACAACAUACUCUUCCACACACAAAAAAUGAAAACUUAAGCUCCACAUUCACAAGCACAAAGA